AUGAAUAAUGUGCGCUGGCGGCGGAAGUCAGGGCCCUCCAUGUUCAGCAGGGUCCAGCAGAGUCCAGCAGGGUUCAGCAGGGUUCAGCAGGGUCCAGCAGGGUUCAGCAGGGUCCAGCAGGGUUCAGCAGGGUCCAGCAGGGUUCAGCAGGGUCCAGCAGAGUCCAGCAGGGUCCAGCAGGGUUCAGCAGAGUCCAGCAGGGUCCAGCAGGGUUCAGCAGGGUCCAGCAGAGUCCAGCAGGUUCAGCAGGGUCCAGCAGGGUUCAGCAGGGUCCAGCAGGGUUCAGCAGAGUCCAGCAGGGUUCAGCAGGGUCCAGCAGAGUCCAGCAGGGUUCAGCAGGGUUCAGCAGGGGUCCAGCAGAGUCCAGCAGGGUUCAGCAGGGUUCAGCAGGGUCCAGCAGAGUCCAGCAGGGUCCAGCAGGGUUCAGCAGAGUCCAGCAGGGUCCAAGCAGGGUUCAGCAGGGACUCUCGACCCCCUCAACCUACAGGACCCCCGGCCCACCUCAACCUACAGGACCCCCGGCCCACCUCAACCUACAGGACCCCCGGACCCCCUCAACCUACAGGACCCCCGGCCCACCUCAACCUACAGGACUCUCGACCCCCUCAACCUAGAGGACCCUCGGCCCACCUCAACUUACAGGACCCCCGGACCCCCUCAACCUACAGGACUCUCGACCCCCUCAACCUACAGGACUCUCGAUCCCCCUCAACCUACAGGACUCUCGACCCCCCUCAACCUACAGGACUCUCGACCCCCCUCAACCUACAGCACCCCUGGCCCCCCUCAAGCUACAGGACCCCCGGCCCACCUCAACCUACAGGAUCCCCGACCCACCUCAACCUACAGGACCCCUGGACCCCAUCAACCUACAGGACCCCUGGACCCCCUCAACCUACAGGACUCUCGACCCCCUCAACCUACAGCACCCCCGGCCCACCUCAACCUACAGGACCCCCAGACCCCCUCAACCUACAGGACUCUCGACCCCCUCAACCUACAGGACCCCCGGACCCCCUCAACCUACAGGACUCUCGACCCCCCUCAACCUACAGGACCCCCGGCCCACCCCAACCUACAGGACCCCCGGCCCACCUCAACUACAGGACUCUCGACCCCCUCAACCUACAGGACCCCCGGCCCACCUCAACCUACAGGACUCUCGACCCCCCUCAACCUACAGGACCCCCCCGGCCCACCUCAACCUACAGGACCCCCCCGGCCCACCUCAACCUACAGGACCCCCGGCCCACCUCAACCUACAGGACCCCCCCGACCCCCCUCAACCUACAGGACCCCCGGCCUGAACUUAAAGGCUCUUAA